AUGACAGUCGAGGGCACAGAAUCACGAGCCACACAACGCAACGAAGAAGAGAGCGUGUAUACGCUGGCUGACUCAGAACGCCGCGGGCGGACAAACGACGCGGGAACACAAAGCUACGAAUGGGAGUGCGUCGAAAAGGCUGGGCAGACCUCCGAAAUGUACUUGCCAGCCCUUGCGAAGGCUAAGGAGGAGGCGAGUGAGGAGGAAUGGAGUGUUGCAGCUACCUACGCAAAAUCACAAGUUAGCGAGAGCAGUGAGAAAGGUAGCGUAAGAGACUUAGCUGAUUCAGACGGUGACGCAUUACCGGCUGUCGCGCGAGUGCGAGGCAACAGAAAGGUAAGCGCCGAGGCCGCUGAGCAAGGGGGAGACGCGCAGACAAUCACCCGCGAGAAUUCGAACGAGCAUGUGCAGGAAGAAAAAGACGGCCUGAGGGCCGACCGGGCGUACCUGCUGAAUCAGACACUGACAAACGAACGAGCACCGCGCGAGUUGGGUACAACGAAAAGGCAGGGCCAAGGCUCCUUGCUGACCAAGAAGGAGGACUAG